AUGGCGAGAAAUUCAUCAUCAGCACUACUUCGAAGUCUUCUUCUUUCUCGUAAGAACAAACCCUUUUCUUCUGCUUCGAUCAAAGCCCUAACAACAAGUACUCAAAUCUCUUCAUCUAGUUUUGGUAAUUUACUUGAUAAUCAGAUGAAACCCUUGUCUUCGUUUGCUUCCCUCUCUUUUCGUCCCUCUAUUUCUCCUCAUCAGCUCGAUCUUUCUGUUCUUCUUCAUCAUCUAGUAAGUACUGAUCUGGAUGAUAAAUUGCCGACAAUAUUCUACUUCACUGCUGUCUGGUGUCCUCCAUGUAGACUAAUUUCUCCUGUCAUUGAAAGUUUGAGCAAAAAAUAUCCACACGUGACGACAUUGAUCAGCAUCAGAAGUCAGCCAACAAUUCACUUGUUUCAAAACGGGAAAAAGGCUGACGAAAUGGUGGGUGCAGAUGUUGCAAGACUGAAGCAAAUUGUGGAAAGGCUUUACAGCACCAAGAACAACUAAUCAUCAGUCUAUCCCCUAAGUUUAAGCUGCUAAGUGGUGACGGAGAAUGAGGUUUUAGUGUGUUUGGCAUGUACUGCUGCCAUUACAUUGAGAGUCAUGUAUGUGUUUUAAAGUUUUUGUUUCAGAAACUUCAAGAGUAGUUCAGUAGAAGGAUUUUAUUGUUUUAAACAGAAAAGGUUGAUAGUUUUUCUUGUCUUCAUUGUUCUCACAGAGUUAAUAUAUAGAAGAGUUUAUU